AAAGUUUGUCUUUAUGCAGACAUUUGUUGAAUUGUUGUGUUUCUCACACUUUUACUCUCUGCUGAAGCAUCAGAGAUCAUUUCGAAUUUGAAACUAUUUUCUAAAUCACUUUGACCACACGUCUUUUAAUACCCUUAUACGUGCCCUGAGGUGAAAAAUGACUGAUGACGCAUGCAUGAAUCACCCUCAGUGUGUCUCAAAUAUCCCUGUGAGGAAACCCCUUUCCUGUGCAGUCUAUUCUAAAAGGGAAGUGAAGACUUGCUUGGGCAGCACUUUGUUUUUUUUUCCUUUUUCAUGCAGACACCACUGUCAGCACAUACACUUGCAGUAUGAACCACUCGACUGUGCAGAAAAUGGCUCCUGAGGAGUUCGAAGGUGGGACGGCUAUAGCUUGUGUGAUCCUGGGCCUGGCCUUCCUGGUGGGGGCUCCGGGGAACCUGCUGGUGAUCUGGACUAUCCUGAGACACGUCAAGCAGCGCUCCCACACUGUGGUGCUCAUCCUGCACCUGGCUGCUGCCGACCUGCUGGUGCUCAUCACGCUGCCUGUGUGGAUCUACUCCCUGGCCCAGUCCUGGGUGUUUGGAGAGGCCACCUGCAAAGCCAUGGUGUACGUGAUCAACGCCUGUAUGUACAGCAGUGUUUUCCUCAUUACUCUCAUGAGCGUGGAGCGGUUUGUGGCUGUGCGUUAUCCCUUUGCCUCUGCUGGCUGGAGGAGGAAAAAAGCUUUGAAUAAAGUCCUGCUGGCUCUGUGGACAGUAGCAUUCUUGUUCAGCAUCCCUGUCAUACCAACUCAGGUUGUAGGGGAGGAGGAUGGAGAGGUGCACUGUCUGUACCGGCAGUACAGCUCUGAAACCCAGGAGCUGGUGUGUCUGCUGUUGGAGACUCUUGUGGGCUACGUACUACCCUUCACCAUCCUCGUGGUCUGCUAUGGCUGCCUAUGCAGUCGUAUCACUCAGAUGACCUUCAAGUCCAAGCGCAAGUCCACAGUCCUGAUCGCCAGUGUGGUGGUUGUGUUUGCCAUUUGCUGGACGCCUCAUCACAUAGGAAACAUCCUCUCGUUGGCCAUCCUGGCCACUGAUGUCUCCUUCCCCGACGCAGCAGAUAAUCUUGAGAGUGUCAGGAGCACCAUGGCCUUCAUCGCCGGAGCCCUGGUCUUCAUCAGCAGCACCGUCAACCCCAUCCUCUACAUGUUCGCAGCUCGCUCCUUCAGGAGCUCCCUGCGUGACACUGGCAUCCAGAAGCUCUUCCGCCACAUCUCCAGCACCUCUCCAGGUGAGGGCAACAGAGAGGUGUCCUUUGUGUCCAAACGACACAGCAACCAGACCCACAGUUCUCAGUGUGUGUCCGAGCCAAAGGACCAGAUGGACAUAUUAAUAAAAAUGUGUGAAAAUAAUACAUCCUGAUAUUGGAAGUCUAAGGUAUAUGUGCUGUGUGUCUCUCUGUAGAUAUUCUUGUGUAUAUUCUAUGUAUUUUUUUUGUGAUUAUAAAAAGCUCAGUUUGUCUUAAAUUUCAUCUGUGACGAACAUGAAGUCAGUCCUCUGUGCCAUAGUUCACUCCAGAAAUGAUGUCUAUAUAUAUAUUCACACUAAAUACAUUUAAUUUUAUUACUUACAUUCAGUGUAAAGGGUCACAUUUAAUGCAAAGUGUUUCUAGCAUGUCCAGUCAAUAUGAAUAAAUUAUAUAACUUCAAAAUCAAAUAAAUGUAGAUUAAUACAGAAACCUAAUGUGUUUAUUCAAUUAUUAUACAUAGUUAACUUCUACAUUAUGCUGGUGUUUAAGUGUUUAUGACUCAAGUUUUAUACAUAAAUGCAAUGCAUUUCAAAUGGGUCAUUCUAUCUCCUGUAAUAAGUCACAUGUUGUUAUUAAAUCUAUAAGCACUGACUCAACUUGGUAGUAAAUAUUUGCGUGAAAUUUGACCCAUUACAUUGAACUUAUGUAAUUAAAAUACCUGAAGUUAUAAUUUUAGGCAAAUUGCCCUGAGUGUUUUAUCUGACUGUGUAAAUGACCUGUUUCAUGUUUUUAAAAUGUUGAGUGUAUAUUUAUACAUAUGUUAUACAUUUUUUAACUUUGAUUCAUGCCAUAUGCUAUUCAUAAAUAGUACAAAAUAAACAAUUCCCAAAGCAGUA